UACCAUUCGAAUCCAGUCUGGUUCCGGAGCCAAGACCAGAUUCGUUUCCUUGUCACUACCCAACUCCGGAAAAUUUUGUCCUACCGUCAUCUUUUCCGGCUUUUAGUCGUAUUUUUCUUCUUCGGUCUUCGACGUUUUCCUCCAACACAGGACAGGCCAGGGCAGCUUAGUUGUCGCCGUUCUACAGUUACGUUGGUUUCACCAGCUUUAAAAAGCGUGAAGGGACAUAUUACUAAUGGCUGGCGACCUUUUUCAAGAUUUGCCACCCCCAACGGCUGCACAACCACAACAAACUGUACAUUCUUCAAGUAACAAUACCUGUGAAGAACCUUCCCAACCGCCACCAUCAGAAUGCCUUCCGCUCCCAAGAUCUGCACUAAAGAGUGCUCUCAAGCGCCCAAAGCUCCUGCCUGAAUCACAAUCUGAAGCUGCUCCUGCAAAACGUCUGAGAUUCAAAACAACAACGGAUGCCUCUGAAAAACAAGUAAUUGAUGCCAUGCAGAAAAUAUCUUCCCACAUAAAGAACCCAUCAAAGUUCAGAAAGGCAUCAAAGCUAGCCAUACAGCUUAUUCAAGCUGGCAGCCUCCAGGAGGCAACUAAAGAUCAGUUCUUUGCCAUACUUGAAGCUGCCAUGUUGUCAUUGACCGCUUGUAAUGAACCCACUUUACGAGCUGACUAUCAUGCUCUGUUCUCUGCAGCUCAAGAUGUAGCUGAUUGCCUUAGCAAGAAGCAACAAGAUCUGUUAGAGUUGUGGAUAAUUCGGGCAGUUUGGGCAAAUGAUCUUUUCACAGAUGACAGCUUUGUGUUCUCAAAAGCUACUGGGAGAAUCAAAGAAGCCAUAUCUGCUCUUCCAUUUUCAAAUAAAGAUGAUGAUGUCGAAGAAGCCACGGCCCUUGAAGAUGAGAUUGAUGAUGCUAGUGCAGAUGCACAGUUAAACAAGGAACCUUCACCUGUUAGGUCUCAUGGUCAUGAUGAAGAAGAGCUAGAUCCUUUUGGAUUGGAUGCUCUAAUAUCGAAUGCACCUACAAAGGCAGAGAAAAGAGAGGCGAAGGAGGUUCCAUCCAACAGCAGACAAGAUGAUGAAGUAUAUAACCGGAGAAUUCUCAAGUCACGGAGAGAAGCACUGAUUUCUUGUUUAGAGAUUGCAGCCAAGAGAUACAAAACCCCAUGGUGCCAAACAGCGAUUGACAUCCUAGCGAAGCACGCAUUUGAUAAUAUAUCAAGAUUCACCGCCCGACAGAGGGAUGCCAUUGAGAAACUUUGGAAUUCUAUCCGGGAACAGCUCAACCGUAGAAAGCAAGGAAAGUCUGUAUCUGGCAAGCUGGAUGUGAGCGCAUUCGAAUGGCUCCAGCAGAAAUACUCAACUGAGAAGAUCAGCAUUCGACAUUCUGUUGGAGGCAGUGGGGAUCGUCGCUGUGAGCAGUGGCUUGGUUGACACCACAUCAACGGUAAUAUCUGUAUCUGUAGAAAUAUUCCAUGCUUAUGCUUAGAUGUUCAUUUAAAACAAUUGAUAUGGAGACAUUACAACUUACAUUGGUAUUAUGGUCUGCCAAAUUUGUGCUUUAGAUGUGUUCUCCACUCUGGAUAUAUGAUUUUAAUUAUUCAAUCUUGGUCCAAUUUUACAUAUGAUGGAAUUUGCAUCAUAGUAAGUAUUAUUUUAGUGUUUGAAUAAAAUGUGCCAUUUUUAUUUUUAUU